CAAUGACCUUUGCAGCGUAAAGUCGGACUCACUCAAGGUCGUGGGCUUUGAAUGGUUGUCAUGUUAGACGAUUGUAAUAGAAAAGAAAAUAAUAAAUAGAUAACCUCCAUUCUGUUAUGGUAUAUAUAUACAUAUCAAACGUCUUCAUAUACUUCCUGUUUGCUAUGCAAUCCCUCUAUUUAUUCAGUUGAUGCUUCAGUUCAUAAGAUUGUAUGACAAGAUUACAAUUGCUAUCCUAAAUCUGAUUAUUUCGUCCGCAAAUAUAGUCUCAUCAAAUGAAUAUGUAAAUUGCUGUGACUUAUCAGGUACCAUGUUCAACCCAGUAUAAAUUUAUUUCUCUGCUUCGAAAAGUUGUGAAAACUGAUAUUUUUGGAGCGUAAGCCAAACCAAUCGAGGAAAGACUUUGGUUGAGCUGUGCUAUAUCACUAAGUUCAUUUCGGAUAUGCAAAUCAUCUCAAGAUCACGGUCUAUAUUUCCAUAAUAGGGAUAUUAGCUAAUAUGACUCACAUAUUUGCUAAAGGAUAACAUGAAUUCGAGUUAUUUAUUUAAAUUACCGUUUACAUGUCCAUCACAGUUCCCUACCUUCACACGUUCAAUUAUCAGCGUGGUGUUUUUUGGGAGCGAUCAUUAUUCAUUACCUCAUUUACACGCCUUGGAAGAGCGUCAAUCUCAACAUAAAGAUAUUCGAUUAUUGUUUGUGGUUACUACCUCAGAUAAAACUCCUGUUAGAUAUCAUUGUAUUCAGAAUAAAAUAGAUCACGUGAUUUGGCCACGCACGCUUACGAAUAAUUCAAUAAUCAUCAACUCUGUUAGUCAACGAAUAGAUAAAUUGCAAAAUAUUAAUUCCUUGGAUAAGCCAGAGAAAUUGUUAGGCGUAAUUGUUUCAUUUGGCCGGUUUCUACCUUCAUCACUAUUGUCUUUAUUCAAUUAUGGAUGCUUUAAUAUACAUCCAUCAUUAUUACCAAGAUGGAAAGGUUCUAACCCAUUAUUAUAUACUUUAUUAGCUGAUGAUAAAGUUACUGGGAUUACCUUAUUCCGAUUGAAUCCGAUGCAUACAACUUUCGACUCUGGGUCUGUUUUGUAUCAAAAGUCCAUUCGCCUACCUUGUAAUAAGAAUACAAUGUUAACACCGAAUCAAUUAGCUACAUAUUUAAUGCCACACAGCAUUAAUGCUAUGUUUGAGGUCAUUUUAUAUCCUAACUUACCAUAUUUAGUUGGUGUUGAUCAAUCGGUGAUUUCAGCGAAAUUUCAACUUCCAAUAACGUAUGCUCGUAAACCUCAACCCCACAUGGGUUUAAUAAAUUGGCAGGAACAAUCAGCUGAAGAUAUAAUUCGAUAUUGGCAUGCAUUUCAAGGCACUUGUGUAAAUUUAUUUACGGAGCUUUGUUUAUUGAACACUGUACAAGAAGAGAAAGAGAAUAAUUCUUUAAUUGCAAAUUUUCGUCUAUCCGAAUGUCCAUUGUUGGUACCACACGUUGAUCAUGUUUCUAACAAUAACAAUGGACAGAAUAAUGCUGAAGCUGCCGAUAUAUACUGUCCAAAUUAUGAGUCCAAAGUUAUGGACUAUCUCAACGAGGCUUCAAUUCUUCUGCAUCAACCACAUACAUCAUCAUUACCACCUGGAAGUAUUGUAUAUUUACGUUCACAAAAAGAUGUGAAACAUCAUUUAAUACCAUACACUUUCAUUGCUUGUAAGCCAAACAAUUCUUCACCUAUUAUAACCCAGAUUAAUUCUGUAUCAUGGUUAGCUGUUAAAAGCUUUUUAGUGAAUUGGCCUAAUUCAUCAACGAAGAGUCGACACUUAACAGCUAUUGAUUUAUAUAAUGGUUAUUUCUUAAAAUAUAUUCAAUCACUAUCAUCGACACUCCCGAUAUCUGUAGUAAAUGAAGGGCGACAUUCUCAACAAUUAGGUGUACGUUAUUUUGGUGAGUUUCGGUCUAACUCUUCGUCUUCAUCAUCUUUACUAAGUGGUAAUAAUAAUAAUGAUAAUACCUUGAUAAAACCUUGGAAUGAAUUAACACCGACUAUUCUACCUUCUGAUUUACAAUCAUCAUCUGAUAUGUCAAGCAUUGUAAAAAAUGUACAUAGUUGAUAGUUUAAAUAAAUGUUUUUAAUAGUAAAAA